AUGCUCCAACAUCCACAUCCACACCAGAUGUUUGAGAGAGCCAGAGCGUGCCCUGGUGGUGCUGCUCUCUCUCUCUCUCCCUCCCCCUCGCACUCGCACCAAUACGACUCGCCCUCCCCCACUUUCUCCUCGUCCUCCCCUGCGCGACAGCGCUCCCGCUCAGUUUCGGCGUCCACUUCGGCCCACACACCCUCGGCACACGACCACGACAACGAUCCCAUACUCCCACACACUCAGGCAUACCAUCACGCGCUACGAAACGCCUCUGGCUCUGGCUCCCACAGUCCUUACUCCAGCUUUCCCAGUUUCAUUGCAGUCGACCCCCCACCGUCAUCGCCGCAGAAACGUUGCAACCCGCCGGUGCGUGCGGCACAGCCAAAGCGGACGCCGCCGUCUCCUUCAAAGCCAAAGUCGCGCCCGGCUUCACCUGUGAGGCCCCGCUCGCGCUCAGGCUCCCCCUCCAAAGCCAAGCCAUCACCUAUCAACAAUCCCAACCCGCCGCAGAACCACAGAGCGCGCGCGCGUUCUUUCACGCAGUCUCAGCACCAGUUUCAGCCGGCCGCCACCGCUUCCCGUUCCCGUCCGACAACCCCGUCCACGCCGACCUCUGGAGCUGGCGCCGGUCACUCCCGCAUCCCACAGCGACCAAGGGCGUAUUCUGCGUCGGCGGCAGAGGAAGUCGAGACUCUAGCGGACACGUCCCCGCCUCCGCUGCCGCCUCUCCCUUUGGUCGACCACGCUCGUGCCCUCGAGUCCGCCCUCACUACUGUUCCCUACUCUCCACGACAGGCUUUCCCCGGCGACCUAGCCACCUACGACAUGUCCGUAAGCACGCGUGCUCCGCAGGCCGUCGGCCUUCCAGGCAGUGUCAGCGGCAUCCCUGUCCUCAAACCGCGCACGCGAUCUUCUCCGCGCUCUCCCUCCCCCGAAUUCCCCGAUGGCACGGAACGCCUAGCGGACGAGUUGCCUCCUUUCCGUGUCGACCUCGACGCUGCACUAGCUGAAAUUGAAGACGAGCUAGAGGUCCGUGCGCACGAGCGAUAUGCGAGCGCACAGCGAGCCCCACGUACCCCAAACUCGGCAACAUUUGCGAAUGUCACCCCAGGCUCAACGCCUCCAUCUAGCUUUGGUUCUGCCAGCGUGAGCGCGCCAGUGUCGAAAAUCCGCCCGCCAAAGCAGCGGCCACGCCCAUCCUUACCCAGUGGCGCUUAUAAUGGUGCUGGUCCUGCCUCCGUCCCAACCGGCGCAGCAGCUGCGCGCAAAGGCAUCAAGCCGCGCGCCGGCUCUGUGCCGCUCGACCCCAACUCUGUCACGCCCAAGAGUAAGGACGGGUUGGGGCGCGCAGCGUCGUACUCGACCUCACCUGACGGGCGUUCAAAGAGCAUGCCACGACGGAGACACGGGAGCGACACGGCACAGUUGGCAGCAGUACAGCGGCGUCCAGCGCCGACCCUCUCCACGCCACCAGCGGGACGACGAGCCGCACCGCGCUCUUCGACGAACGCGCGGUCCAACAGCCUAUCGAACCGCACGAACCCAUCCCCGCCAACCCAGUCACAGUCCAAGCUCGGAAUAGCCGCCCACUUUGUCCCCCCAGAAACGACGUUUACGCCACCCAAAGGCGCAGACUGGGACGAUGUGGUGCUCCCCACCGUCGCUCGCAAGACGGGUAUCACAGUCUCGCAGAACGGACACAGUCUCGAGCAGGGUCACAGGUACAGCCACAGCGCGAACUACAGUCUGGGUUCGUACAGUUUCGGGUCGACCCAACCACACGAGGACGACCUCCUCGCAGUCGAGUGGGACAGGGACGGUAAACCGGUACGCUGGGAGCGGCAGCGCGUCAAAGAAGGCCUGUCCGAGGACGACUUUGCGGCCAACCGCGCCGCGGCGGGCGCAAUGCAGUGGACCGUUGACGACUUUGGGGCACCGGCGCAGAGCAAGCGCAGUAGCCGAAGCCAGGAUGCGGAGAAUAUCGAAAUGGUACCGAUCCGCAACCCGCCUAUGCAGUUAGAGCCGGCGCCAGCACGUCCCCCCAGAGCAGCCGGCAGAAAAAGUGUGCCAUCAUCGCCACAGCCACUGCAACAGCCGUUUGUGCCCCAGCAGGUCCAGGGGCCGGCACCUGUGCCGCCGAUCCACGCGCACGGGCAGCACGCGCAGCAGCCGUUCCCGCGGCCAAUGGAUAUCGCGAUGUCCACGAGCCCCAAAAGCCCGCGGGAUGGAAAGCACGGGCGCAAGCGGAGGGACGAGGACGACAUCAAGACAGGUGGGUGUGCGUGUGUCAUCAUGUAG